UUCUGGUCCACGCGGAUUCUCUGCUGCUGCGCCUGGCGAGCGGCGGCGAUGCUUUUCUACUCAUUCUUCAAGUCCCUGGUAGGGAAGGACGUGGUGGUUGAACUGAAGAAUGAUUUGAGUAUAUGUGGGACCUUGCACUCUGUGGAUCAGUAUCUGAAUAUCAAACUCACAGACAUCAGUGUGACCGACCCAGAGAAAUACCCUCACAUGUUGUCCGUCAAGAACUGCUUCAUCCGCGGCUCGGUCGUCCGCUACGUCCAGCUUCCGGCCGACGAGGUCGACACGCAGCUGUUGCAGGAUGCAGCCCGCAAGGAAGCUCUGCAGCAGAAGCAGUGAGGGCGCAUCCUGCUUUCAAUUUCCCACCACCCCCCCUUCCCCUUUCUGC